AUGUCUACCACACCCACAUCAACAACGGACAGAUUGUCGCCAGGAUGGAUCAGCCGCUCCUUUUCACGGCGGAAGAAAUCGCCAGACUCGCGCCCAACAACUUCAAGCAGCCAGCUUUCCCCGCAACCAUCAAGAAGAUCUAGCAACAGCAAUAGCUCAAGGCGAUCAACCGGAUCUGGAAGCCGGACGAUCCGAGGCAUGGUAAACAGGAUACGCUCAGCAUCAAAUGCUAGCAUACCCAAAACCCAGAAUCAAGAGCUGGACUUUAAAGAAGUGGAUGACUGGUUCACCGGAUUUCAGAGGUACAAUCAACUUGUAACCAAAUCUGAGCGACCUUACACAUCUCCGGAGUUCACCAAGGCUUCAAAACAGUUGACAAAGAACUGCGGUGGCAACCUCAUCCGUGGACUCCCAGAAGCUCUAUUCGACUUCUCCCUCCUCUGGUGUCCAGCCGAUGCAUCGACAUCCAGGGACGAUAAUGAGCCGUCCUGGAGCUGGACCUCGCACACCGGGCGCAUAAACUUCCCCUUCGACCCCACGAGCUGCCCUGACACAUACACCACCCCACGCAGCACAGGUGAAACCUUCCGCUCCGAGAUCCAGAACUUCCAUAUCGGACCCUCCGAUGCACCGUACACAGUCCGCCGCGACAAGAACAGCUCUCUGCGCAUCCGCUACCCACCCUACUUCCACGCCCCGCGAGGCUCCGAUCCAACCCUGGAGAGCUCCACGCUCCGCUUCACCACCCAAACAAUUCCCGCAGACGGCUUUACAGCCUCGCAACUGCACUAUGCCGGCUCAGAGAUCCCGUGCUCCCAACUCCUCAACUCAAACGGGAAACACUGCGGCGUCCUGAUGUCCCACGAAUCCGCCAUCUCGGCGCCGCACUACCACGGCCCGUACGAGUUCGUGCUGCUGAGCCGCAACAAGCGCGUUGAGCCGGCUGAGCAUACGAGAAAGCCGGUGCAGAGUACUAUGCAUCCGCCGGGCACGCCGAUUUGGGAUGGGGGAAGGUUUGUGUGGGAUGAGGAGGUUGUGGAUUUUGAUGAGGAGUGUUUUAAGGCGGGGGAGUGGUGUGUGCUCAAUGUGAUGUUGAUAAGAUGGGAUGAGGGAAGGGGCGUUGCGGAGAGGGUAGCGGUGGGGAGGAUGCAUGAGGAUGCUUGGAGCGCGCUGGGGCCGCAGAGGAAGGAUAUGGUUCUGAGAUGA